UGGGAAAGCCAUUUUACUGUUGAGGCACGCCAUCUUUUCUAUUGAGGGAAUCACGCAAAACAAACAUAGCCAUGACUUUCUACCCUUUUGUUUGGGUGAAAUUGUGGCAACCUCAGAUUUAUUUACUUUCACCAAGUAUUUCUCAGCUGUUUUGAUUGGUCUGUAACAGGAGSAAAGCAACAAUCUACAGGCACCAGGUCAGUUAUGUCACUACAGCCAAUUGAAGACGAAAUAGCGAGAAUGAAGGAAAACAUCACCCUCCUGCAGACAAACAUGGUCCAACAGCUUAAUACAACGAGGGACAUCCAAACUAAACUAAACUCUGCGCUCCAGWSGAUAGAACACUURAAGACCACGACAAACAACAGUAAURCRCCAGRAGAGGAUUGGAAGAACUUAGAGAURAAACUGAACUCGACUAAUACCAGACUAGAAAUAGAACGAGCAAGUAGGCUUGGUGUGGAAGAAAAGGCAAACGAAACGUCUAAGAAGCUCGACAAGGUCGUUGCUGAUAUGACGAAGCUAGAAAACUCGAUGGACAGAAGAUUGAACCAAUCAGAGGCAUCGAUAAACAAGAUUUGGUUGUCUAUAAAUGACAARGUCAUGCUUCAGUACCAAGAUGUCGUGCAAAAGAUAAACACGACUUCUCAAGAGCUGCGAACAGCCGAUAAGGGCCUUUAUCACAGCAUUAAGGAGAUGAACAAGACCCUUUCUGAUAAGGUAGAGAAUAUCUCCAAGAUAAGUGGUCCAAUGGGUCCACGUGGUUAUAACGGAACACAGGGACCUCAGGGACUUAAUGGGACGAAGGGCCUUCAAGGACCUUCGGGAUUAAAUGGUUCCCAGGGCUCUCCUGGCCCCCAAGGAAUACAGGGCCCUGCAGGAGCUGGGAACCUAUCACAAUGCGAGCAUAAGAAUAUUGCCAGUCCUUCGUCCACCCCAGGACCAUCUGCUUCAAACUAUGUAUACAUUGCUGAGCCAGUCGACAAGCGCAUCAUGGGUGUAUAUUGUUACACAGACCGUGCCGCAUUGGUCAUGAUGGAGUAUGUAGAAACUAGUGGAGUUCGAAAAUAUUCCUGUUCGUGCUACGGUGACUCGUCUUACAAACAAAUAUCGAGUACUAUGAAGUGCUAUAUGUCAUAUUGGCAAUGCCCACGAUGCACCAGCCUGUUCUGGGUAAGCAAAUGCAUGUAUCCUAAGAUUGAGGGUGCAACCGCGAUGUUCCGAGGGCCGGCGAAAUCUAACAAAAUCUCAGUAUCUGCAGUAAAUACGAGUUUAGAAUUCCAUGAGAGGACACAGCCAGAAGCUCAGGCACAAGAGACUCUUAACUCCCAGAAUACCUCGAGAUUUCAGCUCUCAAACGAACAGAAUAAAUCACAAGGAACUCUAUCUCAAAUAGACGUAAGAGUGAAGCCACAAGAAUUGGCACCGAAUAAGCGUGUGACAAGGUCUAAGGAUUAUUGCUUGUUAGUAUCGCUGGUAAUUGUACUGCUUUGCUUUUGUGUGGCGAAUUUGAUAUUUACACUUCAUCUUCAUGUGUCUUGUGGAUGUCGCGAUUCAAGUAGCUCUAAAGCUAAUCUAACUAAAAUACAAGAUAUUGUUAACACCAUCACAGAGCUGGAGAAGGGAGUCAACACAAUAAAAACUUCUACCCAGGCUUUGAUAUCAAAAGAAAAGGGUGACCCUGGGCCACCAGGACCCCCGGGCCCACCCGGUCCUCAAGGCUCGUCCGGUGCUCCAGGGCCACAUGGUCCUAGAGGAAUACGAGGAAUAACAGGCCCUAUAGGACCUCGAGGGCAAAAAGGUACUCCAGGACUAGCCGGUUUAACAGGAGUACCGGGAGUACGGGGUCCUAUGGGAUAUAACGGCUCACAGGGUAUACCAGGACCCCCGGGUCGACCAGGACUACCCGGCCCAACAGGAAUACCCGGAGUACGAGGUCCUAUGGGAUAUAACGGAUCACAGUGUAUACCAGGAUCACAGGGUAUACCAGGACCCCCGGGUCGAAAUGGAUCGGAUCAAACACCCGGACCUCAAGGACCCCCAGGACCACCCGGUCCAAAGGGGGAGACGGGGACUGGAAAUCUGACUCUUUGUGAACAUAGAGAACAAACAGCUACAACUCAUGCGGCUGGGGAGACGACGAAUAGUUUGACACGUCUACUGGACAACUCGAUCCCGGGCUGGAAGAUCACUGGUGUAGCAUGUACCACAAGGUACGGAGAAGAAGCAGAGUUUUACAGCGAGUUGCACCCUACAAGGGGUAUAAGAGUCUAUACCUGUCAUUGCAAGGGAUCUUCGCGGUUAUUCAAUCCUGGUUCGCUCAAUGGAGUGAAAUGCGUCAUGCAUUACUGGGUGUGCCCUAUUAUUACAUGACAUCAUUCAACUGACUAUAUUACUAAGUGUGCCCUAUUUUAAACGUGACGUCAUUCAAAUGUACUAUAUUACUGGUUGUGCCCUAGUAUAACAUGACGUCAUUAAAAUGUACUAUAUUACUGGGUGUGCCAUAGUAUAACAACAUCUUUCAAUUGACUAUAUUACUAAGAGUGCUCUAUUUUACACUUGACAUCAUUCAAAUGUACUACAUUACGGGGUGUGCCCUAGUAGAAUGACGUCAUUCAAAUGUACUAUAUUUUUGGGUGUGCCCUAGUAUGACAUGAUGUCAUUCAAAUGUACUAUAUUACUGGGUGUGCCCUAGUAUUACAUGACGUCAUUUAAAUGUACUAUAUUACUGAGUUUGUUCAUUAUAACAUGGAAUGUGCCAUAAACCAUUGCGAGAAUUACAUAAUUUUUUGAGUCUUAGUAAUUGAUCCAUGACCUCAAUUGUGAUUCUUAUUAUUCAAGAUCGAUAUACAAUCCUAGAUUAGUACAUACAUUUAUAGUGAUUGGGUAGCCUGUGUACACAGCAAGCUAAAUAACAUAAUAUGUACAGUUUUAAUAUUAUUCGCUCUUUUUUGAUUGAAAAAAACUAGCUGUUUUUAUCUUAUCUUUUUUUCAUGAAGGGAUUGUGCUUUUGGUUUCAAAAAUGUACAUAUGUAUAUUUGAAUAAAAGUUCGUAAUACAUUAAAGUUUACUGAUGCUAAAGAAGAUUUUUGAGCCACCAAAAACACUGAAUAAUUUUGGCGUUGUG